AUGGUCAUUCGGUCAUUUUUAGUUCACAGUUGUCGACAAUUGGCACGUAGAACGCUCGCAAUGGACACUCCAUCGGUUGAUAUUCAGAAUAUUAGGGCAAAAUACAACAACUCCCAAGAGCCAUAUCUUCUUGAAGAAAAUCUUCCAACAACUGAUCCAUUCUCACUUUUCGAUACUUGGUUCCGUGAUGUGGCAUCUCAAUCUGAUUUAACGUUCGAGGAAAUAAACGCAGUUUCAUUGUCAACUGUAGGAAAAGAUCUUCGUCCGUCAUCCAGAAUGGUUCUUCUGAAAGCCUACACACCGACUGGAUUCUCUUUCUUUACGAAUUAUACAAGUAGAAAAGGACAUCAAUUGGAAGAAAAUCCAAACGCGGCAAUGUUAUUUUAUUGGCCAAAAGUCAAUCGACAGGUUCGAGUUGAAGGAGUAGUUGAAAAACUUCCAGAUGAGAUGGCUGUUGCUUAUUGGAAUUCUAGACCUUUAGCCAGCCGCAUCGGUUCGAAAUCCAGUUUGCAAUCAGAAGUAGUGCCUAAUAGACAGUUUCUCGAAUCCAAGAAAGCAGAAUUGACAGAUUUGGCUGAACGAGAAGGAUCUCAUGCAAUCACUAAACCUACCGCGUGGGGUGGAUUUCAUUUGAUUCCACGUUAUUUCGAAUUCUGGCAAGGCCAAUCUGAUCGCCUUCAUGAUAGAAUCGUAUUUGAGAGAGACAUGGACAUUUGGCUUUUGAAGCGUCUUUCUCCAUAG